AUGUGGAAAUUUUUUAAGAGCCUUCAGGUUAUUGAUCCACACACCCGUGAAUAUGUUGAGAGGCUUAGGGAUGAGCCAAUGUUCCUAAUUCUUGCUCGGAAUGUCCAGGAAUAUCUAGAACAGGUUGGGGACAAUAAGGGUGCUGCAAAGGUCGAGGAGGAACAGUCUGUAGAGGAACCAAAAGCUAAUGAUGAAAGAGGGAGGCCACCUGCAUUUGUUUCAACUCCUGAGCUGUAUGGAGAUGAGAGGACUAGGUCUCGUGCAAUGCUGUGUGAUAUAUACCACCAUGCUAUCCUGGACAAAUUUUCAACAUCCCAUGACUUGUUGCUCAUGAGUCAUCUGCAGGAUAAUGUUCAACACAUGGUGAAGGAAUUACAUGCUCAAGGUUUUGCACAAAGUCGAUAUGAGAUACGCUAG